UGUAAACUUCAAGCAAAAUAUAGAAAAAUAAUGUUUUCAAGAAUCUAUUUCCAUAACGCCAUUAGUUUUGGCAAAAGGGGUUUAACACAUGGGCUACAGCAUGAACCGAUAAACAGACAUGUUGUCUCGAGGUUCCAGAUAAGAAAGGUAUUAAGUGUACAAUAUCUUCACACCACUGGCUACCGGCAGACUGAAGGAGGAGAGUUAAAGUGGAGCUACACUCAGGGUUCUGGCACAGUCCCGCUACUUGGAGUUACAGUAGGGGAACUUUUGGAACAACGAGUUGAGAAACAUCCUGAUAAACUUGCGACAAUAUUCUCUGCGUCUAGAACCAGGAAAACAUUCCAAGACUUACUCACAGAGGCUGAUCAAUUAGCUGCAGGCCUGAUAGCUCUUGGUGUAACUAAGGGAGAUAGAGUUGGUAUAUGGGCACCCAACUGUUGGGAGUGGAUAUUGGCUCAAUAUGGUACAGCUAGGGCAGGGAUUAUAUUGGUGAAUAUCAACCCAGCUUACCAGACAAUGGAACUUGAGUAUGUCUUGAAGAAAGUUGGUUUGAAAGUCCUUAUAACAGCAGAGAAAUUUAAGACACAAGACUACUAUGAGAUGUUGUUUCAUAUCAACCCAGAACUUGCCUAUUCCCCCGCUGGUGAUUUGAAAAGUCGCAGCUUGCCUGAACUGAAGACAGUUGUCAUGAUUGGUGAAACAAAACAUAGGGGAACCAUGACUUUUGCUGAGUUGAUGCAGGCUGGAACUAAUAAGCAGUUGGCCUCUGUCAGAGACAUGCAAGCUAAACUACAGUUUGAUGACCCUAUUAACAUACAGUUUACAUCUGGUACUACAGGGACACCAAAGGGUGCAACAUUGUCCCAUCAUAACAUCGUAAACAAUUCAUACUUUGUUGGUAUGAGACUUGGAUACCAUCAAAGUUCACACAGGAUAUGUGCGCCAGUGCCACUUUACCAUUGCUUUGGUAUGGUUCUAGCCAGUCUUCAGUGCAUAACGCAUGGUGCUACAAUUGUCUAUCCAUCUCCUAGCUUUGAGCCUGAGGCAGCAUUACAAGCUGUACAUGAUGAAAAAUGUACAUCAUUGUAUGGGACACCAACCAUGUUCAUAGACAUGCUAAAUUUACAUGAUUUUGACAUCUUCAACCUGGAAAGUCUAAGCACAGGUAUAAUGGCUGGAUCUCCUUGUCCACCUGAAAUCAUGAAACAAGUCGUUGAGCGUCUUCAUAUGCCCGAUGUCACAGUGUGCUAUGGGACAACAGAAAACAGCCCAGUUACAUUCCAGAGUAAUAUAACUGAUCCUGUUGAGAAACGUGUAGGGACCAUAGGAACACCUGCGGCGCAUGUAGAGGUGAAGAUCAUUGAUGAAGAUGGGAAUGUGCUACCAUUGGGGACACCUGGUGAGCUGUGUACACGUGGUUAUGCGACCAUGUUGCGUUACUGGAAUGAUCAUGAAAAAACAGAGGAGGUCAUUAUGCCUGAUCGCUGGUAUAGGACUGGUGAUAUUGCCAUCAUGGAAGCAGAUGGGUUUGCCAGGAUAUCAGGCCGUAUGAGAGAUCUCAUAAUUCGUGGUGGGGAGAACAUUUACCCAGUUGAGGUGGAGAACUUCCUAUACAGCCAUCCUAAAGUUGAAGAUGUACAGAUUAUUGGUGUUCCUGAUGAGAGACUUGGGGAGCAGGUGGCAGCUUGGAUCAGACUGAAAGAGGGCCAGACAGCAACUGAGGAUGAGAUUAAAGAAUACUGCAAAGGAAAGAUAUCUCAUUUCAAGAUCCCGAACUUCGUCACAUUUGUGGAAGAUUACCCAUUGACCGUGACUGGCAAAGUACAGAAGUAUAUCAUGAGAGAAAAGGCUGUGAAAUUGUACAACCUUGAGCAUGUUACACCUCACUAAGCCAAGGAGUCCUCAUAGAUUAUGAUGGUGUUUGGAAGGGGUCUUUAUUGGUCACAAGAGCCAAAUGUUGAAUAAGAUACUCAUUGUGCAACAAUAUGAUCUGUUGAUCACAAACCGCACAAAAUAAUAUUAUCCAGACCAGCUGAUAAUUUUAGUAUUAUAAUCAGGAACAUGGCUUAUAAUGCAGUUUUGAUUAUUGGAUCUGCAAUUUUUUACCUUACCUUAUGUCAUGUUUGAUGUUCAAGUAUGAAGUGCAAAAAGUAGGAAUAAACUAAAAGGCCUGUUGACGACACUCUAGAAAUACUGAAGAACCUGACUUCAUUAAAAAUAUAGAAAUAAUGCAGAGUAAUUAUUUUAUGUGAGAAUGCAUGUAGGUACAUGUAAAUUGUGAUUGUUAAUGGACUUAAUUCUGUUGAAGUGGUAAUUAAUCUGAGUGGUUAAUUUGCCAAAUUAUCAAAUUUCAUAAUUUACCAAUUUUCCUAAUGACAAGAAAC